AUGCCAGUACAGGGGUUCAUAGACGCUUUCUUGACUCCGAUUCCUGAUGGCAAGAAGGAGUUUUUGUCCAGUAAGGGUGCAUUCAACGAUGUGCCGUCGAGUGGCGCCAAGCCCGUCGACAUCUACACGCCGCUGCUCGCUGCGUUGAACAAGUCUACAAAGCUUAGGUAG